UAGAAGUUCCUGUUUAUUUACUGUUACUUUAUUCCUGAAACGGCCCCAGUCAGUGCUUAUGGGGCGUCUCUAUGCAGUAAAAUACCUAACAGUAAGAUCUCAUAGCGAGGCAGCAGCGAUACUGAAAUCGAGCGUCAUUUCGGACGAACAACAACCGAUUCCGAUUGUCACGGGAAUUAUCGGCGCCCACAGAUUGGGAACGCUCAUCAUUCAGAAUCUAGCAAAGCGAGGAUAUGCUUCACCCGAGACGCUGCUUGUUUCAACCAGAAACCCAAAGCGACACUGUGACUUCUCAGGUUACGUGACUAUGUGCUACGACAACCGCCAGGUGGCGGCGCGUGCCGAUUUGCUCAUUCUGUGCGUUUUGCCUUCACAAAUAGGAACAGUUGCAACCGACAUACGCGGCUUUCUGAAGCCUAGCUGCGUCAUUUAUAGCAUGGUUUGCGCAGUUGGGAAGGAUCGCUUAGCAAAGUUAACCAACCAUGAUCGCAUCGUGACACCCAGGCUUCACCUGGUAUGUGACACUCGGACGACAGAUGACACUGUUGAGGACUAUGGACAUAUAGUACCCAUCUCGACCGAUAGUAAAAAUGUCGCAUAGCUGGAUAUAUACCUGAGGGUGGACUGCUUAACUGGUAGUGUGUAUAGCAGGUGCAGCUGUAGAGAGCCGUAAGUUUUUGUCUAACUGGCAAACACGA